AUGCAGCGUAUUCUACCUGGCGAAGUACUCUACCAAAUCGUCGAGGCUGUUUUGCCCUCGAAUCGCGCAAUCCUCCCACCAUCACAUAUUUCCACCAAGACGUUACUCUCUUUGACGCGAGUCUCACGCGAAAUCUCUUUGCGGGCUAUUGAGUUGCUACGAGAGCGAUGUCUCUAUAUCGAUUCAAAUAAAAAAAUAGCACAGCUACUACUCUGCAUUCCUGAACUCGUACCAAGUAUUCGAACUCGUUUUUGUCUAAGGAGCAUCACAUCACUCUAUUUGUCUCCGUUCGUCGGAGAUACGCUCAAUGAUCUGCCUACGGCACUGUGGGUGCGAGAGUUCUUCUACCAAGUAUGCAGGACUUUGCGAAGAUUGGUUGUCAAUAUGCCAUUUGAGAGCCUAGAACUGCUUGACGAUCACUUGGAUGUAAGGAGGACUUUACGUCAAGGCUUCGAGCGCCUGGAUAAAUUGGAAGAGUUUGUUUGUCUCGGCGAUUACCCGGUACUGGGUAUUCAGGACUCCCCUACCGAAGUCUGGGGCUUAUGGCCGAAUCUCAAGCGUCUUACGAUAUUUGGAGCGCCAGUUGACAACCACUGGUUAUGGUGGUACAUUGCAUCGCAUCACAAUCUCGAGCAGGUUAUCCUUGCGCGGUCGCUGGGAGUGGAAACGAUCAAUAUCAAAGAGGAGUAUUUCCACAAACUACCUCGAGACGAUGUGCGACUUGACCGUGAUAUAAAGAUUACGCUUUUGGAUGCGGCUUUUGUAUGGAGAGAUGUCAAGACGUCGCGUUGGAAUGAGUACGACCCCAAAGGAAGGAUGACGGUUGAGUUGUAUGAUGUGCCGACAUCGUUCUAUGGUGAUGAAACACCUCGGGAGCUUGUGACAACGUGGGUAAAGCGCGGUGCUCUGGAAGGGAGCUUAUGGGAUUGGAAAGGAAAAGUGGUUAAUGGGCCUGCAGAAAACGAUUCUUAA